GUUGGAUUGUGAGAGUAACUAAACACAUUGUUUUUUUUUCCUUCUUUUUCUUGGCCAAGGUAUUUGACGGCAGCCGCCAUGACUCACUCGUGAGACUAAUCACUCGCCCCACAUUGAGCGCAUUGGUUAGUUCUAAAGAGUGAUAGAGAAGACCAAAAUGUCUCACAGAAAGACAAUUCCUAAUGAUAGAACUAUCGACAAAGAUUUAAGCAACAAUUUUUAACCGCGCCAAGAUGCUGGGAGGAUUUGUCUCUAUAUUUGAGUGUUGGAGUUACCAUCUUUGUUUUCUCUUCCACAAGUACCGAACUUGAACAGGGUGGUGUUGUUCAUGAUUGAAUACCUGAUAAACACACGCUGGGUUUUUUAUUCUGUGGAUGACAUCAAGCUACUUCUUCUGCUAAAUAGGUGACAAGUACCAGAGAAAUUGAGGAGAAGGGGUAUUCAACAGCACCUUAGUACUUGAAAGUUGUUGAGCUGAGCUCUAAAUGGCUUCAAGAGUAGAGAUUGAUGAAGAGAAUGAUAGCAAAGGUGGCAUGUGGGUUUUGGAUCAGAAGCUUGACCAGCCAAUGGAUGAAGAAGGAGGAAGGCUAAGAAAUAUGUAUAGAGAAAAAAAAUUUUCUUCACUGUUGCUUCUGCGGCUUGCAUAUCAGAGUCUUGGUGUAGUUUAUGGAGACUUGGGAACUUCCCCCUUAUACGUUUUCUACAACACUUUUCCUCACGGAGUUAAAGAUCAGGAGGAUGUGAUGGGAGCUCUUUCUUUUAUUAUUUACUCUCUUACUCUUGUGCCGCUACUCAAAUAUGUUUUUGUUGUGUUAAGAGCAAAUGACAAUGGUCAAGGUGGGACAUUUGCUCUUUAUUCCUUGCUCUGCCGACAUGCAAAUAUAAAAAUCAUUCCCAACCAGCAUCGUACCGAUGUAGAGCUAACAACAUAUAGUCGGUCUACCUUCCAUGAAAUGUCAUUUGCUGCAAAAACCAAAAGAUGGUUAGAGGAACGAGCGUUUGUUAAAAGUACUAUUCUUAUGCUUGUUCUUGUUGGUACCUGCAUGGUGAUUGGAGAUGGAAUUCUGACACCAGCUAUCUCUGUUUUAUCGGCUGCUGGUGGCAUCAAGGUAAAUCGCCCUGAGAUGGAUAAUGGAGUAGUUGUGCUGGUUGCAGUUGUAAUAUUAAUUGGAUUAUUCAGCAUGCAACAUUAUGGUACAGAUAGAGUUGGAUGGCUUUUUGCUCCAAUUGUCCUGCUUUGGCUUCUCCUAAUUGGGGGUAUAGGUAUAUUCAACAUCUCGAAAUAUGGCAGCACCGUCCUAAAAGCUUUUUCACCUGUGUAUAUGUAUCGGUAUCUAAGAAGAGGAGGUAAAGAUAGUUGGACUUCCCUUGGUGGCAUCUUGCUCAGCAUAACAGGGACAGAGGCUCUUUUUGCUGACCUUGCCCAUUUUCCAGUCUCAUCUGUACAGAUAGCAUUUACACUAGUUGUGUUUCCUUGCCUUCUUUUAGCCUAUUCUGGACAGGCUGCUUACCUGAUGAAUAACUUGGGUCAUACACAAGAUGCUUUUUAUCGUUCUAUUCCAGACAAGAUAUACUGGCCAGUAUUUGCUGUCGCAACAGCAGCAGCUGUAGUUGCAAGUCAGGCCACGAUAUCCGCAACCUUUUCAAUCAUUAAGCAAGCCCUUGCUCAUGGUUGUUUUCCAAGAGUCAAAGUUGUUCAUACAUCAAAGAAGUUCCUCGGCCAGAUAUAUAUUCCAGAUAUCAAUUGGAUCCUUAUGAUUCUUUGCAUUGCUGUUACUGCUGGGUUUAAAAAUCAAAAUCAGAUUGGGAAUGCAUAUGGUACUGCUGUUGUGAUAGUCAUGCUGGUUACAACAUUGCUCAUGAUUUUAAUCAUGUUACUAGUGUGGCGCUGCCAUUGGAUUCUCGUCGUCGCGUUCACUGGCUUAUCAUUGAUUAUGGAAUGUACAUACUUCUCUGCUGUACUCUUCAAAAUUGAUCAAGGUGGGUGGGCUCCCCUUGCAAUUGCUGGAGCAUUUCUCAUUAUCAUGUAUGUCUGGCAUUAUGGUACAGUGAAACGUUACGAGUUUGAAAUGCAUAGUAAGGUCUCAAUGGCAUGGAUUCUCGGGCUUGGUCCAAGUUUAGGACUUGUUCGUGUCCCUGGAGUUGGGCUAGUCUACACAGAGCUUGCAAGUGGAGUACCCCACAUCUUUUCCCAUUUCAUCACCAACCUACCAGCCAUCCAUUCUGUCCUUGUUUUUGUAUGUGUGAAGUAUCUUCCUGUGUACACCGUCCCAGAAGAAGAGCGGUUCCUUGUCAAGCGGAUAGGCCCCAAGAAUUUCCACAUGUUUCGAUGUGUGGCGCGGUAUGGAUAUAAAGACCUGCACAAGAAAGAUGAUGACUUUGAGAAAAAACUCUUUCAGAACCUUUUCAUGUUUGUUCGGCUCGAGUCUAUGAUGGAGGGUUGCUCGGACUCGGACGAAUAUAGUUUAUAUGGACAGCAAACUGUGCAGUCAAGAGAUGGCAUAUUGAACAACAAUGGAAACACAGCUUCGUCGAAUGUGGAUUUAUCAAUUUCAUCAGUAGAUUCAAUAUUACCAGCUAGAUCUCCAUCAAAUGUGCAUGUUACUUUUCAGUCCUCUGGUCAUGGAAGCAACAAUACUGAGGUUGAUGAACUUGAGUUUAUAAACAGUUGCAGGGAUGCUGGGGUGGUUCACAUUCUAGGAAACACAGUUGUGAGGGCAAGGAGGGAUUCAAGAUUCUACAAGAAAAUAGCUGUUGAUUAUAUAUAUGCAUUCCUUAGGAAGGUUUGCAGAGAACAUAGCGUGAUCUUCAAUAUUCCUCAUGAGAGUCUCUUAAAUGUUGGUCAGGUUUUCUAUGUAUAGUCCUCCUUCACUUUCCCUUCUUUAUGGCCAAUGAUCAAUCAGUUUGAUCAUUUGUGACUGUCAAUUUGUGCAGUUAAUUCCUUAAAUAUUGUUAAGAAUUUUCAUGUAUAGCCUCCCUUCUCUUCUCUGUAGCUCAAGUUAAGUGAGAUUUAUCGUUUAUGAUUGUCAGUCUGUCACAGCUAUUUUGUGCUUAGUUGAUCAGUGUUAGUAUAUGAAUAACACCUUAUGGUAUUAUUGUAAUUAUUUUACCAUUAAACGACUUUGGAAAAGGAUUUGGCUUCUCUAAAGUGAGGCACUUCCUCCAUUGGUUUGAGUA